AUGUCAUCGGUGAAGGUAGCCGUUCGCGUGCGUCCCUUCAAUGACCGUGAGAGGAACAUGAAUGCACAGCUAUGCAUUAGCAUGGAAGGGAAAGCCACAACAAUUGAAAAUGAAGAGGAACCCAAGAGUGGAAAAAAAACAUUUACCUUCGACUUUUCGUACUGGUCUCACGAUGGCUUUGAAAAUGACGAAACAGGAUACUCGCGACCCAUAAGCCCAAAGUACGCAGAUCAGCAACGUCUGUAUAAUGAAAUUGGAAAGGAUGUACUGAACAAUGCUUAUGAAGGCUACAACGCAUGCCUCUUCGCUUAUGGGCAGACUGGAGCUGGUAAGAGCUAUUCCAUGGUGGGAUACGGUGCCAACAAGGGUAUCAUAGUCCGCGCGUGCGAGGAAAUAUUCAUGCGUAUUGGGGCAAAUAGAGACCCUGAUCUACGUGCGGAAGUGCAAAUUAGCAUGCUAGAAAUAUAUAACGAACAAGUUCAGGAUCUGCUGAUGCCGAUAGAGAAACGGCCAAAAGGAGGCCUCAAGAUCAGACAUACUCCCCAGCUAGGAACCUUUGUGCAAGAGCUUUCGAAGUGCGCUGUUGAUUCAUACGCAGCCAUACAAGCGAAACUUGACGAAGCUGAGACUGGAGAGCCUGUCUCGCAAAAAUCUUCAGAGAUCAGCUUAGUAGACCUUGCUGGAAGUGAAAGAGCUGGAUCUACGGGGGCGACAGGAGAUCGUUUGAAGGAGGGUUGCGCUAUCAACCAAAGCCUUAGCGCGCUAGGAAAUGUCAUAUCUGCUCUCGCAGAUAAGGCUGCUGGCAAGCUCAAGCCCGGACAGGUGCGAAGUGUGCUUAAUAAGGCACUCACGAAAAAAAAUAGUGAAGUUGUGCCGUACAGGGACUCUGCUCUUACACGCAUCCUGCAGACGGCCCUUGGAGGGAACAGCAAGACUUGCAUGAUAGCUGCACUAUCGCCAGCAACAGUUAAUUAUGAAGAAACUCUCAGCACUCUCCGCUAUGCAGACAGAGUGAAGCAAAUAAAAAACGAGGCAACAGUUAAUGAGAAUCAUCUGGAGAAGCUUAUUCGGGAGCUUCGAGAGGAAAACGAAAGGCUGAAAAAAGCAAUGGGUGGAGGGCUACCAGACAGUGUGCCCAGCUCAGCGCCUGUUCCUCAAAUGGUAGAAGAAAUUAGAAGGCAGUACGAAGAAGAGCUUGAGGCAAACAGGAAAGCUUUGCAGGAUAUGACAACAUCGUGGAAAGACAAGCUUGAAGCCGCGAGAAAAAGGGAGACCAGCGUUGAAAUCAGAGGCAGUGGACAACUCACAGUGCCUCACCUCAGCAACCUCAAUGAAGACCCAUUCCUGUGUGGAAAAAUUGUCUUCGCUCUGAACGAAGGGCAAGUCACUAUUGGAAAGCCUGGAGGGGAAGUUGAGCCUACGUUCCGCAUUGGAGGCCUCGGCGUAGCUUCCCAGCAUGCUAUUAUCGAUGUGAAACGAAUUCGGCAGAGUGGAAAGGAUACAGGGGAUGAAACCUAUGAAGUGAAGCUGACUGCAUAUGGGAAGACGUCUGUCAACGGAGUGGUCCUUGGAGAGACGGAAUUGAAACUGUUGACUCACAAAGACAGGAUAAUUUUUGGCCAUAAUAAUAUGUACGUCUUCGUUGAUCCGACCGAUAUGGACAAGGAGCUGCCUACAUGGGAAGAAGGUAUGAUGGAAGCAACAAAAGAUGUUAUUGACGAAUUCUCGAGCCAACAAGCUCCUGAUGCUAGGCCAGCCAAGACCGCAGACAAGGAGAAGUGGGAACGUUUGCAGGCAGACCUUCAGCUUUUUGAGUCUGAAAAAAGGGAGCUCAUGCGGAAACUUAAGGAUAAAGAGGCUCUUGUGCUUGCUAGUGAAGAAGACCAAGCGGCAGCAGAAAAGAAACUAAAGCUAAUUGAAGCCGAAAAACGAGCUGUGCAGCAGGAACUCAACAGAAAAGAAGACGAAUUGAAAGCGAGACGCAUGCUUUUGGAAAAGGAAAGAGAGGAAGAGAAGAAAAGGCAGGAUGCCGAGAGAGCAGCUCACAUUUUUCUUCAAGAAGUUAUGAGCAGAACAGCGCUGCUAGUGGAUGAAGCAAAUGGGUAUGCGCAGGAGCUCGGAGUGGGCGUCUACUUCUCCCUUAAGCUGAGCACUCGGUCAAGAGGUGCUGGCGGUGUCAGGAGCACGCUUAUUGGCACAUCCUUGCAGCAGACAGAGAUCGUGAUUAGGGUUCAAAGAGCAGACUCAGAUGCCGUCCAGAUCUGGAGGCUGGAUUUGUUUGAAAAAAAGAUAUUCGAAAUGAGGGAACUAUAUACGCAGUGGACAGCUGGACCCAAGACAGAGUCGUACCUAAAAGGAGGCGUACCAGAUCCAUUUGCAUUAGAUAUGGAAAGUUACCAGGUGAGCAAGGCACUUUAUGUGCCGGGUCAACUUGCAAAGAGCUCAGAUAUAUACUUGCAAAAGGCUCUGGGUACAUUUGUUGAAUUUUUUCCCAUGACUAGAGCUAUCGCCCUGAGCAACAUGCGAGACAGGUCAUUGCGCCCACAUAUACGGAAAACAGAAGAGCAAAUUAAAAAAAAGAACGGCCUGGAGGAGUUUCCGCUUGUUUUUGCCAUUCUAAGGCCUGCCAGCCAAGAAAGCGAUAAUCAAGAAGUAGAUAUAGAUGCGCUGUACUCAGUAGAGGACAUUAAAGGCCGUGAGAUGGUCCUUACGAUAACGGUUCACUCCGCGAGUGAGUUGCCAGAGAAGUUUUCCAGGCAGCCACAGAGCUUCAUUCUCUCAGUAGAUGAUUCCACCAUACAAAAAUUGAAUGGUGCACUCGUUUUCGAGGUUAGCGGGAAAAUGGUCGAGAAAAAGCAGAAAACGAAGAUAAAGAAGGAGCAUACGGGGAAGGCGACCAACGAAACUGCCCUCCGGAAGGAAUUGGCAGAGAGUACCAGAGUCUUGCAAAUAAUAGAACAGGCACUUAAAACCGAAGGAAAAUCUAUUCAAGAUCUUGUUGGCGACUCUUAA